UGGAUACAGGCCUUAAAGCCUUGUGUGUCCACGAUCCAAGAACUGUGUCCAAGUUCUAGUUCCGAGAAACGUGUAGCCAAUCAACUUGCAGCUAUUCCAUGAAAGCUAGACUAACUAGACUCGGACACAGUUCUUGGAUCGUACGCACAAUCUUUACGGAUGUUGACAAGGCUUAAGACGCAACGCGCAAACAGCUCGAUUAUCACCUGAACUGCAAAGGAACUGAACUAUCAGCUACAUUUCUCAUUCUGCCAAACGAAUAAUACUCUGGUAUUUUAUUUUCACGGCAAAAAAGAAAACGGGUUCUGUCUACACAAAGUCUCAACCUUCCGACUACCGCGAAAGCCCCACUUACGUAUAAGCUCUCAAGUCCCGAUAUUCCGCGCGAAUGUGUACGUCAUUUAUAAAUUUUGGGGAAAAACAGCGCUAUUUUAUCGAACACAUGCCAGCAGCCCGAAGGUUAAGACAGAAGGGCGUAAUCGAAGCGUUUCCUUUGCUACCAAGGCAAGUCCUCGGGCGCGCCCGCGAUACCUUUUAUCGCGGCGCGACAGCGGGACGGGCGGCACGGGGCGCCGCGGCUCUCGCGCACGGCCCUGGCCGGGUGCCCCCGCCGCGCCUUCCGUCGCCGCGUGCGACGCGACGUUCGCCAUGCUGUACGUUCGCCAUAUCGUCGGGAGACUCCGGUGCGCUGACUGGUGAAUUACGGCGCGGUUUCGUUGCUGCUCGCACUGAACGGUCCUGUCGAUCCGACGUCCGGCGACCUGACGACCCGUCCGAGCCGCGGGCCCCGCGGCACCCCAUCGAAUCACGGAAACUAUUGUACAAAUCGAGAUAUAACAUGGAGUUGGAAGACAAUAAGGAAAUAGCGAGAGCUAGUACACAGGCUGCUGCUGUUGCUGCUGCUGAUAAGAGCAAAGCGACUAAGGAGCCGGAAGUAACAAAUGCAGAGAAGGAGGAACGCAAGAGCGCCGGCAAGUCGAAGAAGCUGGUCGCGAAGACGAAGAUGAAGAAGGCUCGGAACGUGGGUCAGACGAGUUACGAUCCCACGAAGCUGGAGGACAGUCCGGCCCAGGUGCUGGAACGCUUCAAGAGAGGCUGCGAGUGCGUCGACGAUCAGUGCUUCAAGGACCUAAACCCCGAGGUGGUCUAUCGGCACAGACUGAAUAUCGCGGAGCUGACCAAGGCCGAGCACGACAUGUAUCUGAUGGGCGUGACGAUGGCCUGCCUGACGGACCCGUAUCAGACCGCCCGGCACACGGAGCGACGUAGAUUACGGGCGCAGUACGUCUAUCAGGGUCGCCGAGUUUGCCUGGACGCUUUUCUGUACCUGGAGAACUGCACGCAUUAUCAGAUCAAGCGGAUCCGGAAGCACUUGAUGACGCACGGCGUGACGCCGCGCGUGCACGGCAAUCACGGCAAGGUGCCGCACAACACGUUCUCGCUGGACAUAUACAAGAUCGCGACGGAGUUCCUCAAGAGCUUCAUCGAGCUGCAGGAGACGAAGCAGAAGACCAAGCUCGCCAAGAACGCACCGUUGCACUUGCCGUCGGACGUCACGCGGAAAACGGUGCACGACUUGUACACGCAGUACUGCAAGAAGGUGUCGCCCAACGUUAAGAGCAUGGGCUACUCGACGUUUCGGCGUUUUAUGAAGGUGCAGUUCCCGCAGGUCAAGUUCGCCAAGCUCGAGUUCGUCGUGAGGAAUCAGGGCGCUCAGAAUCACGGUACGGCCGAGCCUGACGCGAGGGACGACACGGGCCAGCGGAAGUCGCCCAAGUCGGAGCCGGAGGCGAAGGGUGGCGCGAUACUGCCGCUGGUGAUAACCGGCGCUCUAGGGCAGGGCGAAACCUACGUGCUGACGCCUAUCAGAAAGUUACAGGACUGCACCAUGAGUUACCAGGUCAUCCCGCGCGGGCUGAUAGUCAACAGUCCCGCUAUCGCUCUGUCGAAAACGAAAGCGGUAUAACUGUGGCGGACUGCGAAAGGAAAAUGAGAAAAUACUUUUGUACAAAUGAUGUGCAUGUAUAUACAUAUGGAUGCGAUAGAUGCUUGCUCCAUAAGUCUCGGAUUUCUCGACAAGUGUUCCCCGUUUCGAAUUCUAGAUCAUGGUUACAUAUAAUAUAUGAGAAAUGUGUACGAUAAUCCCUUGAUAAAUAUGAACCGUACAAAAGUACUUGUGCUGUAUUACGUGCAGUUUUGCUAAAAUAUAUCUUUCGUUGCGCCGCCUUGAUGAAUAAAUAAAUUACGUUCCGCUAGAAACGAUAACUGCACGAAAUAUUCUUACGACCAAUAAAAAGCAUUUAGCCAAACGUUUAUAGAUAAUAUAUUCGUAGAUAAGACUUAUACAUAUAUAUCGUAAUAGAAGCGGGGCGAAUGUUAAUUGUACGAAUUAUAUUUGUUAAAAAUAUGUAUAGUCUAUCUUAUUUCCUACAAUAAAACUUUUUUCUUUGA